UUGGCAUAUCGCCACUACUACAGUAGAUGGCAAUAAUACGCAGAGGCACAUUAUAGUUAGCACGCUAGAAGACGACAUGGACCUAGCUAGCCUGUGGACUCUAAUCUGCAUUGUUGUAUGAAUAAUUGAAAGACAACUUGGAAUGUGUUCUUGAAAUAUCCUUUGAAACAUUCAUAAUGAUGCUCCAGCUAUUGGUAGAUCGGAUUUGGCCGGAUUCGCGUUAGCGUCGUAAUAUCUUCUUGUCUUUGUUCAAUACUUUUGAACGCAACAUAGCUGAUAAGGCUUGUUGUUUACUUCUAGUAACUUGUCACUGUUGAUCUGGCUAGCAAACUAGACCACCUAAUUGACAACACAACUUGCUAAUAACCGACCAGUUAGCCUUGUGCGUUGUAGAUACAUCAGGUACGUUUCUGUAAUACAAUACAUUAGCAAGCUAUUGCAUUCGUUAUUUUCCCGGUCACAAGCUAUGGGUUGCUACUAGUUCUUGUGUGGGUAGCUGGCUAGUUUAGCUUUCUAGCUAUCUACCACAGCAACUGUUGCAAUCACAACAAUGUAAUGAUAGGUUAGCUGAACACAGUGCCUGAGGUUGUUAGGUUAUUGUUGCCAGACCUGAGGACAGGACGUGUGUUCGGAAUUCAUGCUUUUGACAUUGUGCAGGGGAGAGAUGGGCACCCAGGGCAGCCGGUUACAUACCCCCUCCCAGGAUCCUGAGGAAGCAGUUGAGACUACAUGUGCCAGUGGCAAGCAUGGAUGUGAAUGCAGAAAGAGGAAACGGACUGCACGCUGUGACUGCGACAGUGAGCCUGAUGAAGAAGACGCCUUAUUGGACACACCACGGAGGAAGAAGCUGAAAAGCACAUCUAAGUACAUCUAUCAGACCUUGUUCCUGAACGGGGAGAACAGUGACAUCCGUAUCUGUGCCCUGGGGCAGGAUUGGAACCUGCACAAAGUGUACCUGUGCCAGUCAGGGUAUUUCUCCAGCAUGUUCAGCGGCUCCUGGAAGGAGUCCAACAUGAUGGUCAUUCCAUUAGAGAUCCCAGACCAGAACAUCGACACAGAGGCUCUGCAGGUAGUGUUUGGAUCUCUGUACCGGGAUGAUGUUCUGAUCAAGCCCAGCAGGGUCGUCAGUAUCCUAGCAGCAGCUUGUAUGCUCCAACUGGAUGGUCUGAUCCAGCAGUGUGGUGAGACCAUGAAGGAGAACGUUGGUGUCAAAACUGUGUGUGUCUACUACUCCUCUGCCAGCAUCUACGGCCUUGACUCUGUCAUGAAGAAGUGUCUGGAAUGGCUCCUCAAUAACCUCAUGACCCAUCAGAAUGUUGACCUCAUGAAGGAGCUGGGAGUGGAUGUGAUCGAACUACUGAUCCAGUCGUCUGACCUAUUCGUCAUGCAGGUGGAGAUGGACGUCUACACCACUCUGAAAAAGUGGAUGUUCCUGCAGCUCAAUCCAUCCUGGGACGGUCCCAUCAAGCAGCUGCUGGCUGAUGCCGAUGCCUGGCUUUGCAAACGCAGGACUGAGAUGGGAGAGGAGGAGCCCUUUUUAAAAGCAGAGGACGGCGCCCCCUUUACUCCUGUCUUUAGACAUGUGCGCCUUCAAUACAUCAUCAAUGACUUGGCUUCCGCACGCAUCCUGGAGAGAGACAACAUUCUCCCACCCGAUUGGCUGACAUCCGUGUACAAGAGCCAGUGGUUUGCCAUGCUACGGACAGAGCACGACAAUGACAAUGGCCCACAGGAUGCCAACAAGGAGGAGUUUGAGUCAAGUAGUAUGCGAUGUGGCAGGAAACUGACCAAAGAUGGUGAUUACUGUUGGCGUUGGACAGGCUUCAACUUUGGCUUUGACCUGCUGGUGACCUACACCAACCGCUUCAUAGUGUUCAAGAGGAAUACACUGAGCCAGCCAUGUGGGGGAGCUGUGAGUAUGCAGCCUCGGAGGCAUCUAGCAUACCGGUUACGCCUGGCUUCCUUUGAUAACAGUGGUAAACUGGUGUGUAGUCGAUCCACUGGUUACCAGCUACUCACCCUGGAGAAAGACCAGGAGUAUGUGGUGAUGAACCUGGACAGUCGGCUGUUGUCCUUCCCCCUCUACGUGUGCUGUAACUUCCAGUACACAUCUCCUCAUAUGGACCGCUGUCCUGAUUCCCCUGAACCAGAGAGCAGCGCCCGCAGUGUAUCCUGAUGCCAGCUCCACACCCUCAGCCCAGUUCCCUUACCACUCCCCUUUAUAAUAUAGGCUAAUCCUAUCCUUGCCCCACACCCGCAUCUUCCAUGGUCCCUCUCUGACAUCCUGGCCUCAAGCUGUGGCCCACAGCUUCAACCCCCCCAAACACAACACUAGCUCAGUCUAGUGUGUUUUGGGAUACGUUGUUAGUUUAAAAAAUAUAUUUUUAAUUCUUCGGCUUUCAUUUUAUAUUAUUUUUUUAUAACAUUCAUACAUUUUUUGUAUUAUUUAUUUCACAUUUUUUUAAAGAAAGUGAAGAAGAAAAAAACUUUACCUGCCAAUAAAUUGUCCACACCAGUGGGCUGUGGUGCUAUCA